CUGUCAUAGAACCGUAGUCUCUCCGGCCAGACAUUCAGAGUAGGGGAGACGCAGGGAAACAGAUCAUUUCGUCUCUUUUAUUUCAUAACUAUUCAACUCAUUAGAGGAGUAGUCGAAACUCGAACAGAUAUCGGAUAGGAAAACCCUAAAUCCCCCGCCCCGCCACCCUUGCAAUAGAUAUGAGCGGCAGCGGGAGGCCCAGGACAAGCUCUUUUGCUGAGCCUCAAGGCGCUCCCGGAGCCGCUUCAUCAUCCGCUGGAUCAGCCGCUGUCGUGGGGAGCAACACAGGAAAGACCGGGGUCUCGCAGGCCUCGGGCACAUCUUCGUCUGGGUGCGGAAAUUUGAAGCUGGCCAGGGACAGUGGAAAGGUGACGACGGUGGUGGCCACCCCUGGGCAAGGCCCAGACCGCCCUCAGGAAGUGUCUUACACAGACAUUAAGGUAAUUGGGAAUGGCUCCUUCGGAGUGGUGUACCAGGCGCGCCUCGUUGACAGCCAGGAGUUGGUGGCCAUCAAAAAGGUGCUGCAGGACAAACGCUUCAAGAAUCGGGAGCUUCAGAUCAUGAGGAAGCUGGACCACUGCAACAUAGUGAGGCUCCGCUACUUCUUCUACUCCAGUGGGGAGAAGAAGGAUGAGGUCUAUCUGAACCUGGUGCUGGACUUUGUGCCAGAGACAGUGUACAGAGUGGCACGGCACUUCAACAAAGCCAAGACCAUCAUUCCCAUCAUCUACGUCAAGGUGUAUAUGUAUCAGCUGUUCCGCAGUUUGGCGUACAUCCAUUCCCAGGGCGUGUGUCACAGAGACAUCAAGCCCCAGAACCUGCUGGUGGACCCUGAGACGGCUGUCCUCAAACUGUGUGAUUUUGGCAGUGCCAAGCAGCUGAUCCGCGGCGAGCCCAACGUCUCGUACAUCUGCUCGCGGUACUACCGCGCCCCCGAGCUCAUCUUCGGCGCCACCGACUACACGUCCAACAUCGACAUCUGGUCGGCGGGCUGUGUGCUGGCGGAGCUGCUCCUGGGCCAGCCCAUCUUCCCCGGGGACAGCGGCGUGGACCAGCUGGUGGAGAUCAUCAAGGUGCUUGGGACCCCAACAAGGGAACAGAUAAGGGAAAUGAACCCCAACUACACAGAGUUCAAAUUCCCCCAGAUAAAAGCACAUCCCUGGACAAAGGUCUUUAAGCCGCGUACCCCGCCCGAGGCCAUCUCCCUGUGCAGCCGCCUGCUGGAGUACACGCCCAUGACGCGCCUCUCGCCGCUGGAGGCCUGUGCCCACGCCUUCUUCGACGAGCUGCGCCAGCCCACCGCGGGGCUGCCCAACGGCCGCGCCCUGCCCCACCUCUUCAACUUCACCACGACUGAGCUGUCCAUCCAGCCGCAGCUGAACUCCUCUCUCAUUCCGCCUCACGUCCGCGCACAGACCUCGGCCAGCUCACACGAUGGCCCUGGAUCAGAUGGUUCUGCACAGCCCGGUUCAGCUCUCAAUAAUAGCACCUGAACAAUCACUAUUGAUCACACAUGCAUACACACACACACACACUAACACACGCAGUAGCACGUAAAUCAACUCGUCAACAUGCGUAACUGACCAUAAGCACACACACACGCACCUGAACACACACAUACAGUACAUGCUAGAAUACUCAACCUAAACCAUUACCUCAAUCUAACAGUUAGAAUGAAAAAACACAGCACACACUCAGCCCCCCACCCCAAAACACACAGCACACUCAAACAAACUCACGCCGAUAACAUGCACACAUUUUGUUCCUGUUUCUUAAUAAUUUUCUUUUGUUACAAAUAGACGCACGCACACACACACACACACACACACACACACACACACACACACAAACACCCUGUAAUGUGUUCAGAUGUACAUAAAGAGUUCCAUAUUUCAGUCCCACUGCACGGACAGUUCUCCUCCUGAGGUUCAAACCAGUGAUCGAGCAAGGGACAAAACCAGUGAGCAGAAACUCACCCAGUCGAUGUAAGCUACCUAUGAAUCUCUCUCUCACACAUCAACAAACACACACAUACACACAAACACACACACACACACUGUACACACGCAGGUUUGCAAUCCCGACACACAUACAUUUAUCCACACAGCCAUCCUUGUCCCUGCACAUACACACACACACCCACACCCACACAGCAACCCCCGGUCUCUUGUUCCAGACAAACAGUGGUAUCAGUCCUGUGAAAUGGGUGUUUGUAUACGGACCGAGCAGCUCUUUCACUGAAGCAUGUGUCCUCUCAUUACACCUAUAUUCACUACUUUUGGGGAUUGUUAUUGGACCUAUGGUCUUGAUUUAUGGCUUAUGGUUGUCAGACCUGUAUUCAUGUCCAUGGGUCGAUUAGGUGUGUUAAUGUAUUCAUGUAUAUAGGUUGGUUAUAAUAGCUGUACUCAUGUCAAUGGGAAUUUGUACAUCACUAGUCAUGAUUAUGGCAAUUGUUAUAACACCUGUAUUCAUGUUUAUAGACAGCAGAACAUGCAGUGGCUGGAGGGGCAGGUCCUCUAUUUAAGAGUCUGCUUUUAUUGAGAUAUUUCUUUUCCUUUUUUAUAUAAAUCUUAAUUUAUUUGACUGCACAGACAAUGAUGUGGAAAUACAAGAGACUUUCUGCCACCAAACACCAGGUCAGAUGUUUUAGCUUUGGGUUGAAAUGAAUAAAAAAAUAAUUUUAGGUCCCUCUGAUAAAAGACGAGAAAAAGAUGUCAAGUACAGAAUGUGGUCACAUCAAUGAGCUUUUCAGAAACAGGGAAAACGUAGAAGCUAUGGUUUUAUACUUUUAUUGCAUUGCAUUUUUUAUUUUUUCCCCUCCUUUUUUGUUUCUUGUAAAUGUAUUUAUUAUUUUAAAUCAUUUUUGAAUGGAAAGGGGGCGUAAAGGGUUAAAGUGGGUGGGUUGGGUAAGAGAAGGGUGGUGGGCCCGUGUGAUUGGGAGCAGUCGAUCAUCAUCUCCCAAGGGUCAAGUCUUAUAUUUAAGUCUUAACGUGCAUCCCUAGGUGGGAUCCCCUUUUAAAAGCCACACCUACCACAGUGUACAUACUUAAUCCGCAAUGAAAAAUAUAACCGUAAAACAGGAAAUAAAGCAGACGCUGGAAUAACUCAGUGGAUGUGUCAAUAGAGAAACCCGAGAGAUUGGAGGAUGUGGGAGAAGAUUAUUGUAUGUGUCCACUUAGUUGUAUGGGUCUGGGUUUUGUAAAAGAUGCACCACAGUCACAAAGCAGUUCUGUUGCUCAAUACAAUGGACAAUUCAAACAGGGAUUCAGAUAUUCAACAGGGUGUCCGUACGAGUUGUAGUAAAUGCUAACGAAAAAUAUUGUAUAUUAUCCGUGGGGCAAGUGUUAGGAUUGUGCACUCUUUUUUUUGUUUUUUUUUUGUUGGCAAAGCGAUAACUGGUCUGCGGUUCAAGGACAUUUCAUUUGUCUCUCGGGACAUGGAAAGUGAACUGUGGUGUAUUCUCUGGUAGAGUCUGGGUAUUUAUUCCUCUUAAUUCCUUUUAGACGAUAUAAGAGACUGGUCGCUAGUAGAGAGUAGCUGAAGUAGAAAAAGACUUGCGUGGCUGUCUUUUGUGCGUUUUUUUUCUUCUUCUUUUUUUCUUUCUGUGUUGCAUUACGUGCGCAACUCAGAAUGUUGCACCUUCCAAUGUACUAGAUAAGAUCAUAAACGCAUCAGUAUUGAUCCGUAGCAAUCCAGCCGCAUCUUCUGAAAUGUACAGUGUAACUUCCGCCUUUGCCUCUCCUAUAGAACAAAACAUCUCUUCUGCUUAUUCCCCCCUCCCAAUCCUCUGUUCCUUCUCGGUCCCAUGUUGCACUUGUCUGCCGUCUGUGAAGAUCACCUUUUUAUUUACCUUUCCUGGCUUUUUUCAGAAUAUUUGUUUUCUUUUUUUUUGUCAGGUGUUCUGUGGAAGUGGUGUGGCUCUGUCCAUAUUCACUCCAGGCACUCGUGUCUGUUUGUAAAUAUUGUUGUAUCUCAAGCCUGUGUUCCCAGAUGUAAAUACCAAACUGUACCACUUUUCUCUGUUUUUUGAUUUAGAAUGUAUCUCUGUCUUGGGUCAUCUCUCUCUCUUCCUCUCGCUCAAUUUGUGGUUUUCUGCCUCAUAUUGGGAAGCUGAAGAACAGCUAAUUACUUUUUUUUUUAAUUUAUUGUGGUUUUAGCUGGUGUCUUUUGAUGUGUGUCCAUAAUUGUACUUACCUGUGAUUAGUGCGUGCGUGUGCGUCCGAGCGAGUGAGUUUGUCCUUUUAGGCUAUGUACUGACUUCUUUGGCACAGUCAUCAUUUUAAAGUAAGGGAUGCUAUGCGACAGUGUAUGUGUGAGCAUAUUAAAUCAGGUUAAGCCUACUCUUGGUGUUGAUGUCUCCCCCCUUUGACAAAGUUCUUCAGAUCAUCCGGGGUGAACUUACAGCAAUUUUAGAAGAUUAAAGAAAGAAAAAGUUUCUGUAAACACACUGAAGUUUUGUGACGUCUGGCAGUGGGUCUACUGCUGCUUAACGCGCCCUAUUGUGGCUGUAGUUUGUCAUUUGAUAGGGUGCAUGCUGAACUGUAGAUCCUUGAGCCACAAUGGUGUUGACAAGGAACACCCCUGCAAACACCUAGCAACUGUCAAGUUUUUUUGUUUUUUGUUUUGGUCUCGUGUUUCUAAAGCAGGACUGGCUGGAUAUUGUCUCAAACUUAUUGUUCCCUGUGAGUACCUGAUAACUGUAGCUUUUUUAUUUUAUUUUAAUUUUUGAUGCAGUGAUUGUGUCAUGUUUUAAGAACUGAUACCAGAGCUUUGGUCCAGUUCUACUGACUGGAAGAGGAAGAGAGAGAGAAGAGGAGAGAUAACAUGCUUGUCAGUCUGAUUUGAACUCAUUAAAUAAAGAGAUGAAACUUCA